ACAGCGGGACGCUCCAUUCGAGCACACGGCAUCUUUUGCUCCUCCUUAGGACGUACCUGGAAGUUGGAUAAAGCUGCAGCGAUCACAUUGUAGCUUUCAGUAGCCACUAUAGUUCUAGUGAAUAUAUUAAUUCCCUCUCCCGUCGAUAAAAUAAUCCAGAAACUUCAAUUGCGGAAGAAAAUGAACGAGAGCGAACUGAACCUUUUUGAUUUUGAGCGACGGUUCGAUGAAACUCGAGCUCUGGAAUGGAUGCAAGAAAACUGGAGCAAGUCAUUCAUAUUUUGUGGCCUGUAUGCUGCGCUCGUGUUCGGGGGUCGACACUUCAUGAGGGAAAGGCCGAAGCUGAACCUACGCCGACCUUUGGCAUUGUGGUCGCUGAGCCUCGCCAUUUUCAGUAUUAUCGGAGCGGUCAGGACUGGAAAAUACAUGCUGCACAUUAUCACGAAGAGCGGUUUCAAACAGUCCGUGUGUGACAAUAGUUUCUACAAUGCACCCAUCACCAAGUUUUGGUCCUACGCUUUUGCUAUUAGCAAGGCCCCUGAGCUCGGAGACACGGCGUUCAUCAUCCUGCGAAAGCAGCGCCUCAUCUUCCUGCACUGGUACCACCACAUCACCGUGCUGCUUUACUCCUGGUUCUCCUACAAGGACCUGGUGGCGGGCGGUGGCUGGUUCAUGACCAUGAACUACAUGGUUCACUCCAUCAUGUACACAUAUUAUGCGGCCCGGGCAGCUGGACUGCGGGUGCCCCGGCCACUCGCCAUGAUUAUCACUACGGCCCAGAUCCUGCAGAUGGUAAUGGGCCUGGCUGUGCUAGGCUUAGUCUACCUGUGGAUGAAUGAAGUGCACUGUCCCUCCAACAUGGAGAACAUCAUGUGGGGCACACUCAUGUAUCUCAGCUAUCUGGUACUGUUUGCUUCCUUCUUUUACAACAGCUACGUAAAGGAUCCAUCCAGAGACAAAGGAUCCAAGGCAGAGUAAUGUCUUAGAAGUAGUUUACUGACUGUUUACUGUUUUUCUCACUUUUAUCAGCCUCUGCCUCUUAAAGCAGCGAUAAAUCAGCGACAGUAGACAGCUAGGAGCAGGAGAAACACACAGGUCAUUCUGAUAUAAACUCACAAGUAUUUGGAAGUAAAGUAUGAGGAAUGAUCAAGGAAUGAUCAAGGAAGAAGAUAAACAAGCAUUGUUAUAGGGCUCGAUUCAAAACUUUGCCUUGGUGACUCUCCACCAACAUCUGCUAUGAACAUGUAAUGGCCAAAUAUUUGUGAAAUGUGUUCAGCAAAUGUUUGUGGUCAUCUGCUGUAAUAAAAAUGGCCUUAAUGUAGUUAAAAAACAACAACUGUGACAUAGGGAACAAACGCACAUGCUAAUUUUAUGUUCUUUAAGGAAAUGCUCUAUUUUAUUUAUUCAAGCUUGUUAGUUGAGAGCCUUAGUGUAACCUAUGAUUGAAAAAGCUUGAAUCUACAACUUUAACACAAAUUUAUUUAUUAUAAUAAAUAUUAUUUAUUAUUAUUAUAAAUAAAUGUAUAAAUAAAUUUAUAAAUAAAUAAAUUUACUGUAAUCCAUGAAUGAUCAGAGAUACUUUAUUCAUUCCAUCCAGUUCUAACGAUUUUGCCCAUCCACCGUCCAAAUUUUUGCUUGUUUAUAUUUGAAGCACAGUUCAUCAGAUAUGUUUUAAUAAGAAGAUUCUGUUAAACACAAGUUAUGAGUGUUUUUUGUUUACAUUUCUGUAUUCAUGACCCAAAGAAUUAAUGGUUUCCCAUUUUAGUGAAGUAAAUAUUUUACUUCACUACAUUAAAAUAUUUGUAUUUUGGUAAAACUAUUUUUAUUUUAGUGAAGUAGAUAUUUUACUUCGCUAAAGUGGUAAACUAGAAUUGAUAUUUUUCAGAAUAUUUUCCUUCUGUUGCACCUGUUAACAAUAUGAUUAGUGUCUCUGGUAAGAUUUUAGGAACCGUCUAACUUGAUAUUUAGACACAUAAAAGACAAAAUAGAAAAAUAGUUUUGAAAAGAUGCAGACUUAUUGAUUGAGAGGAAAUUGUGUUUAAUAAAAACAGCAGCAUGUUGAUCUUCUAACACAUCCACAGCCAGUUUCUCACUUGUAGCAAAAAUAUCACAAUUACUUCUGUCAGCAAGGAAAUCCUGCUUAUGCAAAACUGCUGCUUAUUCAGAUUAAAUGCAUGCAGUAUUUUUCCAUUUAAAGAAGAAACUAAGUUCAUACUUACAAAUUUGAAUGUAUCAAAAUAAUUCAAGUUAAGAUUUCUUUUUUUUUUUUUUGUCGAUUCCAAUUUUGUUGUGAUCAUUUGCAGACAAAUUUGGAACAAAUAAACACUUAUGUAUAAAUAUUAUCCAAACAUUUUUGCUUCUUACUGACCAGACAUAAUUUCUUUAGAAGGUGUUGAAAUGUAACAUCUCUUCUCUGGUUAGAGAAAAUAGCCAGUUGAAAAAUAAACCCUAGAAAUAAUUUGAGUCAUUAGGAACAUUUUAGCAAAUAAACUUCAUUUGAACAUGAAAUAAAUACUUAGAUUCUAAAAUAUGGUGCGAUGUCUGGUCAAAUUCAAAGGGCUCAAUGAUUUUGGUUUGUCGAUGCUUCUUUUAGCACACUCCUUAGAGUGUUUCCUCCCAAAAAUCUUUUUGGCCGUUGAGUUUUCACUUUGACAAUUCAGAAUGAAAGUCUGACGAGCGGAUAGAAACCGUGCCGAUGCUUUUGAUUUUAGAACACGCCCAUAGCGCAAAUAUGGUGUGAGCUUGUAUGAUGAAGUGAAUACGUUUUCAUAUGUUUUGUCAAGUACACUAUGAUACAUUACAGGAAGUGCAUUCUUUGAUACCUUCACACUUCAAAGUGUUUCUAAACAAAAAUGUUUUCAUAUUGAUGACAGGUGCAAAAUAUUUUUUUUUUUUUUAUUUAGUGUUGACUGUUGAUAGUUAAUAGUUCAUAGAUUUUACAUUUGUCUUCUUACCUUAACAUGACUGUAAAAGAAUGAGGAGUGUUAAAAGAUGAGAUUAGAAAUUUCUGGAAAUGUGUUGUUAGACGAAGCUUUGAAGGAGAACUGUGAAUUUAGUACAACAUUAACAUGAUGAAAUAAGGUCACAAAUGCUAGUAAAACCAUUGGACUCUUCCUUUCAAACUCUUUAAUUUCUGCGUGAUAGGCACUAAAAGAGAAUAGCAGUAAGCAGUCAUAUUAAAAACAUACGCAUCACAAAAGCACUGACAGGCUGUAGUAGGGUGAUCACAUUUCUCUCUACGGCUGACACUGCACAGCCUUUUUGCUUUGUCUCUUAAACCAAAACCUCAACCGGUGUUUCAGGUUUUGCCUUCAAAAUUCAACACCGAGGCAUUUCCUAAGUUUAGUCUGUGAGGAAAACAAGGAAUAUUUUACCAUUAAGCACUUUUUUUAAAAAAACGUAAAACAAACUUGAGUGUGAGUCUUGUUCACAGUAAAAUGUUGCUGCCUUGUUGUCCCUGGAGUAAACUCCAAAAAGUAAAGCUUCAGUUUUGCAGGUUUUGCAAGUUCUCAUUCCAUUUUAUAAAAAAUAUUGUUGUACUUACUUGUACUUUGAGAAUGUUUUUUGGUUUUGCAUUGAAUUAUUUCCACUCCUAUAAAAAAAAGCAUCUCUGUGAAAUAUACAAAUUGUAAUUUAAAGAAAAAAUAAAGUUAAAGGGCUUCUGGUUGCAAUAAACCCGUCUUUGUUUUAGCAGA